GGGCCUAGCGGGGAUGUUGUUGUCGGUGAGGUGGGGGGACUAAUCUGUGCUAAAGCUCUAAGUACAAUAUUACUCCGCGGAAUUGUUGUAGCUUGUCGGCCUCGAAUGUUUGGACAUGUGCUCCCGUACUGCCGACCGAACAGAGGAGCAGGAACGUCUGUGACGCCAUGAAUCCUCCAGCCCUUCCCAUGUUUCCUUGCUGUUGUCACAGAAAAAUCUGGUUGCAUUCAGUAUCAGAGGGGAGCCAACACGUUGUUGCUGCAAGUUUCUAGCAACCACCAGGUGAGGGUAUGGAAGGACAGGCACCAUGAAUAGAUACACCACCAUCAAACAGCUCGGGGAUGGAACCUACGGCUCCGUCAUCCUCGGACGCAACCUGGAAUCAGGGGAACUUGUCGCCAUUAAGAAAAUGAAAAGGAAGUUUUACUCCUGGGAAGAAUGUAUGAAUCUCCGUGAAGUUAAGUCAUUCAAAGCCUCCUUUCAUUUUUGUUUGAUCCACUCCAGGACAGCAAGGAAGUCACUGAAGAAACUCAACCAUGCAAACGUGAUCAAACUGAAGGAGGUGAUUCGAGAGAACGACCAUCUGUACUUCAUAUUUGAGUACAUGAAGGAAAACCUGUACCAGCUGAUGAAAGACAGAUCACGCUUGUUUCCAGAGUCGGCUGUCCGGAACAUAAUGUUCCAGAUCCUGCAGGGGCUUGCAUUCAUUCACAAACAUGGUUUUUUCCACCGAGACAUGAAGCCAGAGAAUCUGCUGUGCAUGGGUCCAGAACUGGUGAAAAUCGCAGAUUUUGGACUUGCGCGGGAGAUCAGGUCUCGACCCCCGUACACAGACUAUGUCUCAACCAGAUGGUACCGAGCUCCUGAGGUGCUUCUCAGGUCCACGACCUACAGCUCGCCCAUCGACCAGUGGGCCGUCGGCUGCAUCAUGGCAGAGCUUUACACUCUCAGGCCUUUGUUUCCUGGCUCCAGCGAGGUGGACACCAUAUUUAAGAUUUGCCAAGUCCUCGGUACACCGAAAAAGAACGACUGGCCAGAAGGAUUCCAGCUAGCGAGUGCCAUGAACUUCCGCUGGGCUCAGUUUGUCCCCAGCAACCUGAAGACCCUGAUCCCAAAUGCGAGUCCUGAAGCCAUCCACCUGAUGACAGACCUGCUCCAGUGGGAUCCCAAGAAGAGACCAACGUCUGCUCAGGCUCUCAGGUACUCCUACUUCCAUGUGGGGCAAGCCUUGGGGACUCCUCAGCAGAUCCUGGAGCAGGGCAGACCGCAGCCAGGUCCAACGCCUCUUCAUGCUCCGUUACAACAGCCUUUACAACAACAGCAGCAGCCACAACAACCACUGCUGUUAAAACCAGUCCCCCCCUCGCAUCCUCCUCCUCCUAACCAGCACUGCCCGCCUUCAAGACCCCUGCAGCAGAUCCAGCCCUCCCCGGUGCCGGCAGCUGCCCAGGCUGCUUCGUAUCAGCAGCGUUCGGAGCUGGUGAGAGAGCAGCAACCAAAGCACAUUGUGAAGCAGGAGCAAGGAACCACUCAGAGUCACCUGCCUUACAUUGUCGACAAAAGUCUGCAGAGCAAGACGAGACAAGAGCCUGAGAACACAAAUGUACUCAACUAUCAGGUGAAACCCAAAGGAGGGCGGCGGCGCUGGGGCCAAGUCGCCGGUCACGCUAAAACAGGAGACUGGGACGACUACGAGGAGACGGAUUUGUCUUUGAGCAUCCGUGGGAAAAAUAACUUCCUCAGUGACAAGUCAAAGAAAGGGAUGGAGACUAUGAGCAGGUACGGAAAAGCUCUGGAUUUCAGUCGACCCAGCCAGAAGGAGGACGGACCGCUGAACCUGAACAAGACUUCCUCCUACCAGGAACCUUCCAGGACUGCGUCUGCCAAACAGCACUACCUGAGGCAGUCCAGAUAUUUACCUGGCAUCAGCGGCACAAAGAAGAAUGCAGCCAUAAAUACAAGUAAAGACAUCAGUGGCAGCCAUCUUUGGGGGAACACAAAUAUUCCGUUUGGGGGGACUCUCCCCAGCCGAGGCUCUCAUGGCACAAACACAAUCCCAGGAGGAUACGCGCCAUCUUUUUCCAAAAAAGACUACUCUUCUGCUGGACACAGAAGACAUCAGGGUCCUUCAGUGGAAUCAACAGCAUCAAAUUAUGCAACUUGGCGGUCGGGUCGAGCUUCGAUGAACGCGGCCGUCAACAUGCAAGUGUCCAACAAGAGCGCCGGUGGUUGUCUGCCCCGCGCCCCAGUGUCAAGCAUCCACGGACGAACCGACUGGUCAGCCAAAUACGGACACCGCUAGUGGCCUUGCCAGGCUCCGAUCUAUGCUCGACGCAAUCGUUUACCUCCAAAGAGUUUGCCUGGUUGUUUUGUAAACUGUACAUCUAUCUGACAGCAAUAAUACUGGACUCUUCUCUGUGUGCUAUGGAUGUUGUGAAUGGUGAAAUAUUUAAUUGUAUGUUUUCAACAACCAAAACUAUAAACUUGGAUUGCACCGGUAUGUUUUAUGUAUUUCUGUAAUAUAUCUCCUGUCCUACUGAGGUCACCCUCAAGCUUUAUCACGCAAAAUGUUUACUGGUAUACAUGAAAUGUGUAUUACAUUUUUUUUUCAAACCUGCUGUCUGGCCUUUGUCAUUCACAAGAAAAAAAUAUUAAAGAAGGGAAAAUACUUGACUGGGGAAGUGGGGAGUGCAAAGAGCAAAGAGAAGCGUGGUAUAGAGUUCACGUCGUACAAGCAGUGCAACGUCUCUGAAUUACAAUAAUAAGUCUCAGAACAUUGUCCUGAGGCAGUGCAUU